AUGUUUACCUUAAUAAAUUCAGUCUUUGACAUAAGCGUAAUCUCCCAGUCACUUCUGUCAAUAUCCAUCACGCUCUUGGGAAUGCUUUUUACUAGUUCACUUUUCAAGGCUGCGGUAAGUCACAAAAGUCUACAACAUUUUCCAUUUGUAUUACUGUCUAGUACUAUUUUAGGGUUCAAAAGCAAUGUUGAGCUAGGAUACGUAAUGCACUUAUCUACGUUAAGAGUCCCAACAACAUUUACCAAUUUUAAACGAAUAGUAAUUGCCAAUAGCUGUUUAAUUGCAGUUGAAUCGUUCACCGUUGGCGUUUUUUCAGGUCUUCUGGGCGCUUUUGAAAUAGCUUUUGAUAAAAAAAGCACUGUUCAGCUAUACUCAGUCAUUUUUCUUUCUUCUGUUCUUACCUGUUUUCUUAGCACAGCUGCAUUUAUUCUGCUUUUUAUCUUUUCAUUGGAGUUAGCUGUAUACUUUUCAAUGGAUCCUGAAAAUUUUCUAAUGCCCUUAUUGAACGUCAUCAAUGACGUGCUAGUAGUGAAGUUUUUAUUUAUGUUUGCAAAGGGUUUACAAAAGCUAUCCACGGCUGACCAUCUUUGGAUUCUUUUUCUUGUUACAAUUGCUACUGGAGUUUGCUUCUAUUUCAUUUUUGUAUCUGAAAACUUGCUUCCUAUACAAAGCAUUGAAACAGUUGCAUUUACUUUCGGACUUAAUAUCAUAAGCGGAUUUAUACUUGAAAAAUCCUCGGCAAUGUUUUCCAUGAUAGCGCCUGCCUUUCCGGUGUUUACAGGGAUGUCAACAUCCAUCGCUCUUAUAUGCCUGCACAAGACAUUUACAGUAGUUGAAAAUCAAAGAGUGUCUAUCCCAUCAUCAACUAAUAACUCUCUCAUCUUGAUAUCUUUUUUCAUUUCGAUAACAUAUGUCUGCAUUGCACGUGCUAUCUACGUUGGAUAUUCGGUUGAAUUUUCAUUUUGUUUUAUUUUCAUGUUCAUAAUUCAGGUAAUACUACUAUUAAAAAUUGUUGAAUAUAUGGUAUUAUUCAUAAAAAAUCAAGGAAAGAAUAUCAGCUCAGACACUGUUCCUUUGAUUUCAUCCAUUUCUGAUUUUACUGGCUCAUUAGCCCUAGUUUUGGUGUCAAUUUUAUUAUCAAAUAAAUAA